AUGCACGGGCAGCAGGCUGUACUCGUAUCGGGGGCAAAAUCAACACGUAGCAGCGAUCAGCGGCAGUUGGACCAGGGCUUGUGUGUUACAGUAGCAGGAGGUGGAGCCGCUUCUGGUGCAGAAGAUGGGGAGGCGCCAGGAGCACUGACUCAAGGAACGGCAUUAACACGGGAGCACGAGGGAAAGGAUGUCGGAGUAUCCGCGGGAAACGCUUGUGUUGUGCCCACGUUUGUUACGUGUAAAUCAUGCAGUAGCAAGGGCCCCAACAGCGGUGCGACUCAGGACGAACGUCUAUCUUUCGGCAGCGGAAGCAGCAGUACCAGAAGCAGCGCGACACUCACCAGGAACGGCAGCAAUAUGUGCAGCCUUUUGAUCGCGUGCAGCAGCACCGCGACUAGCUGGACUGAUAGCUAUGCAGGCGGGCUGGAUAGCAACAGCAGCAACAGAACGGAUAGUGACGGAAGCGGUGGCGAAGGAAGGGACAGCAGUGGCGCUGCAGAUAUCCAGCAGGAGGUAACGCUCCCAAAAUCCUGUGGACUACCCCCCCUAUCUCUGUUAAGCCAGCUCAUUCUUACCCCUUACGAAGAUAGUGCAAGUGAACAACUUGGCCACCAGAAGCAUGUCCAGCAGCAAGUGCUGCUACAGGAAGCGGAAAGCGAGAAUGCCGAGGGAAGUAACAACACAUACCAAAAUGCCAGCCCUGCAGACGAGCAGCUGCGGACUCCACCGUCUUCCAGAAGCCCCAUGGAGGCAGCAGUGAAAACAGCAGCAACAGUAACGGCUUCAGGAGCCGCAAAAAUAGUUGCAACUACAAUAGCAGCGUGCGUUGACGAAGACUUCUUGAGAGCGAGGAGCCAUCCAAGGCGAGCAGAGGACAGCGAGGAGACAGCAGACGUGGAGGCUCUGCUACAAGAUUUUGCUUCCAGGAGAGGCAGAAAGGGAGUUGGAUGUGAAGGGGGGGAGAUUAGCAAGGAAGGAAUCAGAAGCUUUGACAGCGAAAGAGAAAGUGACCAGAGCAGAGGAGCCAGGAGCGACAAGUGGUCACACACAGGGGAUGAGCUUACAGGAAGUUCUGGCAACAAAUCCUGCCCGUCUCACCAGGAUGGUUUCCCUGACAUUGUUGCUGGACUCCCGGUCCAAGUUGAUGCUGAUAAGGCGCACACAGCAUCGGAUAUGAAAACAGCUGCCAUGCAGCAACUGCCCCAACAACAGCAGCAAUUGCCCCAGGAACAAAGGCAGCAGCUGGAACAGUUACAAAAGGAACAGGAGCAGCUUGGUGAGUCUUCACAGCGGGAGCAGCAGCAUCAGACAGAGCAACAACAGCGGUACGUAUUGCAAGCUUGCGACGCUGGCGAGCCACGUGGGGACGCCGUUAAGCUUUCAAAACAUAGCAGGAGCAGCAGCUUGAGAAGCAACAGUAUAACCGGUAGUACCACCAGUAGUUCUUUGCAGACGCCCCUCAGCUUAGAAAAGAACGCUGCAGGCGCACUGGAGAAACUAGUUGGUAGUCCCCUUCAGCAACACCAGCAGAAGCGGCACGUUGGCAUUGCGGAGGAGCCAUCGUUGGCACCUCUGGCGGGGGCAGUUCAUUUGAAGUUGCAGAGUGGCGACUCAGACCGCGGAACGUACUCUUUUACAGACGCUGGAAAAGAGGUAUCUACAGCAGCAGAAACGGAAGCAACAGCAGCACCGGUAACAGACACUGAUCGUGCGGGUGGUGUCACGAACAUGCCACUUUUAAAUGACAGCCAAGAGGCGAGGGUGGAUGACACAACCGGAGCUGGCACGAACGGGCGUAAUGCCACACCAGCGGCAGCUGAUGAAGUUGGCGUAGAGGCAGCCGCAGCAGCAAAGGAGCGUUUGAUAGGACGCUUGCGUUUGUUCAAGGAUGGCUUUCCGGCGCGGCUACGCUGCCGCAUUUGGUUGGCUUUGUUGGAUGUGGGCGAUUUGGGCCCUUUAGAGAUGCAGCGGUUGUCGACUGCCAUCCAAAGGACGUCCCUUGACGAGCCAAAUCAGCGUGUAAUCAAGAGUGACGUGGAGAGGACCCGCGCUGGGCUGGCUGUCUUUAGAGAUGCGAAAACGCGCCGUAUGAUGGAGCAGAUGUUGACUUUCUACUGCAAGUCACACGGGUUGAAGUACAAGCAAGGACUCAAUGAACUCUUGGCGCCGUUUCUUUAUCUACGGACUUCCGAGGGAGGGUUCGAUGAAGCGGAGGCCUACUGUUGUUUUGCUGCCUUCGUGCAGCGCUUUCUACCGGCGAUGUUCUCAGACGAUGACUUCACGGCUCUACAAUGUGCCUUUCACCACUUCAAGCUACUACUACUCUAUCACGACCCCACCUUGGCCACCUUCCUAGAGCAGCACUUCGCGACCCCCGAGCUGUACGUGACCCCGUGGUUCCUCACAUUGUUUUCUUCUAAGGUGCAGCUGCCGGUCCUCUUCGUGCUGUGGGAUGGCUACCUGCUGGAGGGAGACAAAGUCUUCUUCUGCUACCUGUCCCUCGCCAUCCUCAUCACCAACAGGGGCAUUCUUCUGCGUACGGAGAUCUCGCAGCUCCCCGAGACGCUUAGCAAGCUGUCGAUCGAUUCCAUCUCAGAGCUCAAAAGUCUGUGGCGCCUGGCGAUGGAACUUCGCCAACAGACGCCCCUAAGUUUUGCCCACAUCUUUUGUGCCUAUCAGACCGGAGGUCAGGAGUCUCAUGUGCAGCCACUGCAGCAGCUGGAGUCUGAGGGAGCUUUUUUCAUGUUGCCACAGGAAGUGUUGAAUCACGCCUACGGCCGGGCUUCAAAACCGCUGUUUCAUACCUGUGGAGCCAGUGGAUCGGGGAGGCACUGUAACGACAGCAAGAGGAGCGGCGUGUUUUCCGGGGUCCCACGUGCGUUCCCUAGCCAGCAGGAGGUGAAAAUUCGCCAGUACGGUGCUUUUGAGGCUUCUGGGUCUCCAGGAGCUCCCCAAGCACCCCCACGUUGGAAAGUACUGCUGCUAGAUCUGCGCCCGCAGUGGCAGUUCGAGGGAGGGCGGCUACCCCCAGCCAUUCAUGUUGAUGCAUUGGGCGACUGGAAACAGACCCUGCCUGCCCUUGUAGGCGCUGUAGACCCGGCUACCAUCUCGGAACCCACCACAAACGCUGACGCCACCAGUAUGAAUGCAGGGAACCGCAGCGGCGCUUUGUGGAGCCCUACAGUCGAGCAGGCUGGGAGUUCGGGCGCACUGGAGGGCAGACGGCUUUCGCGGAGUCGAGGUGCUCGACUGCUGCGGUCUCUCAAGUGGCGAGGCCACGUUGAGGAAUCGAACUGCCCUUCUGCUGUUGAGAAAGGGUUCGCUUUGUCUGCGGCAGAACCACCCGCAACAUCAGCAUGCAUGCACAAUCAUGGGAAACGGGUUCCCUUGCGUACAAGGUCCGCUAUUCAUGAAGCUUUUGCUGGAUACAUGCAAUCAGCCGCAGCGUCACGUCGAUCCUGGAGCUGUGGGACGGAAAGAACUGAUCAUCAGCAAAAAUGGAAGGUUCAUAUAGCAGCGAACCGCCACCUCAACUGCCGCUGCAUGUCUGAACCACUUUUCGAGAAGGAUGUUGGGGUUCCUGGGUGGACAAAUACGCCGGCCUCUGAGUGGAUCCAGUCAACUGUAGGACGACAGCAUCCAUCACUUGCCGCUGCAGCUACUUUUCCAAGGGCAGCGGCUGAAAGAGGUGAUGAUGAGUCCACAGUAUCCGAGUUGCGCUCCUUGAAGAGUCAUCCGCUGUCUCUGGGGCCACUUGCUGCAGAUGCAGAUAGCCCAGGCUCGGAGCACUUCGCGGACACUCCGUUUAGUCACGCCGUUUCCCAUUCAGCAGAUGGCUCUCUUCUUCCACUAGUAGCACCAAUACGAGUGGAGCCAACACGCGCUUUCACGGAGUUGGAUCGGUUUAGUUCAGACAGUGGGAUGGAGCACAGGUUGCAGAUAACGGGGCCUCCUUAUGCGCAGCAGCGGAUUGAACAGCAGUAUCAUCAGCAGAGUCAUAUCGAGUGGCAGCAUAGAGUUCAACAACGGCACUGGAACCCAACGCAAGGGCAGUGCCAGCAACACCAGAUGCAGGAAAAAGGCUGUAGGCAAUCUACGGGCGCUCCGGCUACCGUGAGAUCUCCUGGUAACGCUCUGCGACAUAAAGACGAGCGGAACACCAGCACAUCGACGAAUGCCAGCAGUGCUGCACGCGUUGAAGGUAGCCCACAAGAAGAAGACAAAUCUGGAGGACCUGCUGGGCCGUCGCCUGAUGCCUGCACUGAGCACGAAAUAUUCUGCUGCACUUCCUUUACACCCGAUGAAAACAAGAAGGCUUACCGCAUUCACAGGCUGCAGGUCCCAACCCAUCAUGUCUGCUUGCUGACGGAGGACGGGACUCUUGACUCGGAUGCCGUAGAGAUCUACCAUUUCCUAACAAGGGAAUUGGCCCUAAGGUGGGUCUCGUUUGUUCGGGGGGGCUAUGCGGCGUGUCACUGGCUUGCUGUACAGCAACAGCUUGAGCUAGUGGAUCAUACAGUUAACACCUGCGUUCUCUGCUACGGUGAGCAAAAGCGCGAAAAGCAACUGCAGCGCCCAGUCGAUAACGCACGGCAGCUGGGGCUUCCCCGACGCAGCCGCCAGUCAGUCCUGUCCAGAGCCUGGAGCUCUUCUACCCUUGCUUCAGAGGCCAACUACUCUUCGCCGAUGAUUCCUGCAAGCAGCCAUCUUCAUGCUUCUUCUCCGUCUCCCGGUGUUGAUCAUGUACAGCAACUGCGCCACCAAGAGCCGCAGCACCAACCGGCAGGCAAUACCACUGCCAGGCAGGGCGGUGGGCAGGGUUUAAACCUUGGGGGUAUUCUAGGUGCUUGGAGGCGGUUGUCUAGCGCGAGGUCUCCUCGAGGCUCUCCUUGGAAGGGGCGGAAGCCAACAGCCGUGUCGGCAGCUGCAACAUCCAGAGCGAUGGCUCCAACGAUGCCAUCUGGGGACUGCACGACUGCAUCUGGCGAUUUGUGCACAGAUUGCAUACGCGGGAGCAACAGCACACGUAGCUGCAAGAGUGGCAACAGCACUGACAGCAGCGCGGUGUUUUCUGGUUGUGCUCCGCGGCGAGAGGCCCCUGCAGCGCUUCAGCUGCAACGGCUGAGCAGCAGCGACGAAGGGCGGCAAUGCGUUUCAUGUGGGAAACCGCUUGCUGUGGGGCUUCACAGAAAGCUGUCAGGUUCCGCGGCUACUGCUGCGGAAGAUGCUUCAUUAGUCGCACCUGCCGAGGCCCCCGCACCCCAGCCACAAUUUCAGCGAUGGGCUUCAUUGCUGUCUCUACCUGCGCACCGCCUGGUGCUCCUAAGGUCUCCCCGCAGGGCGCUGGAGUUCUUCUUGGAAACUGCUGACGUCGGGAGGUUCCCCUGUUUUAUUGAAGCUGUGCUGCAGCCGCCACUACACUUGUUGCUGGAGCAGCUUGCUGUUGCGGAAGCAGUGGAAUCAGUUGAACAAGAUGCGAGCAGAAGUGGAAGUUUGCCGCUGAUUGCCUAUGAGACGCGCGAUACAGGACAGGGCCCAGCAGGCCGCGGUAACAGCUGUAUCAACGAGAGCAACUGCAGCGCCGCAACCAGCCCGGCAAUCGCUGUAGAGAUGAACCUGGAUUCUGGAGUUUGUGGUUCGCCAAUUGCACUUCUCUCAAGUAUCGCCCGUCGCACGUCACCGGCUGAGUGCCCCUUGCAGGAAACAUCUCUGAUGCGUCGGUCGCUCAGUCUGCUGCUGCGAUGCCAUUCCUCAACACCCGUGAGAAGCAGACUCAUGAACAGUUACAAGGAGCAUGGUCAACAACAACAAGAGCAACCAGCUUCAAAGGUUGGCUCCGGAGGCGUAUCCAGCAAGUCCAGCAGCUGCAACUCCUGCCACAGCACCAGCGAUUCAGCAGCUGUGGGGAUCUCGGUGACGGAGGGAUAUGAACAUCUAUCAUCUUGGCUCUUCAAUGCGCCCGACAAGAGACUUUGUGAGGUGAUAAUAACACCUUAUCGACUUGUGCUUGUCAGCGGCGCGCACGAGCGGCACCGCAAGCACCAAGAACUUCAGCGGAAGGAGCACCAGCAGGAACAAAAACAUUCACAAGGCGAAGGCGAAGCGGGGGUUGCCGACAUAGUGGGCAUGAACCGCUUCCCGGAGAGAGGUGAUGGUGGCUCAUCAGAAUAUCAAAGGAAGGCUCAGUGGAAAGUGGUUGCGGACCUUUUGGGAAUCCGUCCUUCCUGCCAUUUUCAGAGUGACAUACAGCAGCAGCAAAAUCAGCAGCAGCAAUUGCAGGACUCGCAAACCCAGCAGCAACGCCAGCAGCAGCAAAUGCUGCAGCGGCAAGCUGACAUCACAUGGGAACAGGAUGAUUUAGUAGACUUCUAUUCUUCGAUGGAGCUGGGAGAAACGCAUAAAAUAACGAGUAGGAAGAACGACCCGAGAUUACUGUGCUUCUACUUCAAUGCGACGAAGUCUCAGCCGCUUAUGAUAUUGAGGUUCCCGGAUGACGUCUCUGCCAAGGGCUGUAUAGCACACGUUAGGAAGAUGUACCGCGCCUAUCGCAUGCGCCGGCAUGAACAGCAGCCGCAAGUAUAG